GAGCGCGAGAGCGGCGGGAGCGGGAGAGCGGCUGAGGGCGGCGGCGGCGGCGUUGUUGCCAUGGAGACGAGCGCGCACCCCUAUUGGCCGCGCACGCUGGCGUUGCCGGGUUACGUGGCGGGCGCGCGGCCCGGCUGGCAGUGCGCAGGCGCGGUGGCGGUGGCGGCGGCGGCGCUGCUGGCGCUGGGCUGGGCCCUGGGCGGGGCCGGGGGCGGAGCCAAGGGCGGGGCAAAGGGCGGGGCCAAGCGGAGCCCCGCCCGCCGGCUGGUCCUGGGCUGGUUCCUGCUCUGCACCGGCAUCCAUGGGGUCCUGGAAGGGUAUUUCAGCCUGCGGCACCGAGAGCUGCCCGCCGACACCGGGCUGCUGGCCGAAGUCUGGAAGGAAUACGCCAAGGCCGACAGCCGCUACAUGACGAGCGAUGACUUCACGGUUGCCAUGGAGACGGUGACAGCCUGGGCCUGGGGUCCCCUCAGCUUCCUCACCUUUCUGGCCCUCCUCCGCCACCACCCAGCGCGUUACGUCCUGCAGCUCAUCGUGUCCCUUGGCCAGCUCUACGGGGACGUUCUGUACUUCGCCACCGAGGCGCUGGCGGGCUGGACCCACAGCGACCCCCACCCUCUUUAUUUCUGGGUUUAUUUCGUGGGGCUCAACGGGAUCUGGGUGCUGGUGCCCGCCCUCCUCAUUCUCGAUGCCUGGCACCAGCUGGCCACUGCCCAGCGCGGCCACGACCGGCCCCGCCACAAGGCCCACUGAGCCUGGGACCCCCACGGCCGGGGGGCGGCCGCCAGACCCCCCCCGAGAGAGGAUUCGGCACCCGGGAGGCUCCGGAGGUGGAUUCAGCACCUGGGACCCCCCAAAAGCUCAGGGAGAGCGGCCUGGAGGGGCUGGAGCCCCCGCCGUGUUCCUGGGAAUGUGGGACGGGGGGGUUCCCUGGGGGUCCCCCCCUCGUUCAUGGGGGUCUCGCCCUCGAUUUUGGGGGUGCGCGGUGGGAUCAUGACUCGAUUGGGGUCAGGGAUGGGUUUAAUAAAGGAGAUGGAAAUGGA